CCCGCCUAGAAGAAAAAGAAGAGGAUCAUUCGAAGCACCUCACGAGUCGCAAAAGAAAAGUAUACCACGACCAAAGCUCUAAACGCGAGAAUGGAAGUUCUUCACGACGCCCCGAACCCGGCAUCUUUCGUCACGCUCGCUGAGCACCAAUCCCACACGCCCGAGUCCUUCUACUCCGGGCCUCCGAUCCUGCACCACCUGAGCGAGAGAUGUAAGGUUGUGAUCCUGGACGGAGAUUUGACCUCCACCCCAGCAUUGAGCGGUCUUAGGCCUUCAACUGCCGGUCCAGAUGCGACAAAUGGCGCGCCUACUGUCGAAGCGUCCGGAGAUCAAGAGAAAGAAGUUGUGAUUGAUGGUGUCGACGUUUGGGUUACAUCUGAGAAAUUGCUCCUCUACAAUGCGGCUGCGACGACCGGCGUCGCCAUUCCGUACCCUACGAUAUCACUCCAUGCCAUUCAGCGCCUCAAGCUACCUAACUCACAAGAAACAACGGAUGUACAAGGACUAUACAUGCAGCUCUCAACGGGAGGGGAUGCUGAGGACAUGGAGGAGGAUGUAGAGGAAGAGCCAGUCUCCUUGACCAUUGUCCCGCAAACGGCUAGUACACGGGCAGAAGGGGAGGGAGAAGACGAAGCGCUCCUCACAGACGACAAGCCUUCCCAGACUCCCACGGAACUUCUCUUCGCUGCUUUAUCUACCUGCUCCAACCUCCACCCAGACCCGGCCGCCGGCGAGGAAGAGGGUGAAGAUGAGCAGCAGCUUGGGAACAGCGUGUUGUUCCAGAAUGGUCUGAUCAUGCCUGGAAACAGUGCAGGCGGGCUUCCUCCUGCGAUGCCUGGAAGUGGAGGAUGGAUUACGGCGGAAAAUAUGCACGAGUACUUUGACGAGGAGGGUAACUGGAUUGGUGAUGACCAGGGGCCUCUGGGACCGGGCGCAGGCUCGACCCGGCCCCGAGAGGACGACGAGGGAGGCCAAAACGGAAGUGGUGCAGAGACGGAAGAAACAAAAUGGCGAAGAACCGGGUGAUCAAUAUCUUCAUAGAGCAAUAUUGUCUCAAAAAUGAUCGAAAUGCAAAGAUUAAAGGGAGAUGAGUUGCGAAGCCUGUGAAUACUCAAUAAGUUGUGCUAUCCAACUAUAGCUGCAUACUAUAAUAAUAUUCACACUUUGAAAGGCCAGAUGUUGAUAGAUCAGUUUUUUCAGACGUUUGCGCUACAUCUGCUGGCGCAGGAUAUCGAGUUAGGCUUGGACGGCCAUGCCCUUCUCCAAGGUUGUAGCAGCUAGCCGCCAUAUACUCCGUAAUACAGAAUAGAUCCAUUACUUUCUCACUUUGAAACAAAUCCUCUCAUUAGUCCGACUGAGCGUUUUAGCAACCCUGGAAUGAGUCGUCCCAACAGAAAAGAAAAAGGGGUUUCGUGGUGGAUCGCAUUGAAUUGCCCUUCCGCCUACCUUACGCUCUCCUUGUAUCGGAUGUGAAUUCCGUCCCCGGCUCGAGGCAACCCAAAUGGAGAACAUCCAAACUACAAUGGCCCAAGUUGCCGGAAGCUUUGGCCAUCAGCCUUUGGGUGUUGAACGCCCGUUCGUAUGUAUGUCGCAAGUGUGCUCUUGAAUGUAUACCUGCAGACCUCGCCCAUCAGCUGCAGGUGGAGAUGCGAAGUCGCGCAAUGUUAAAAUGCGUAACGGCCAUUUCCAUUGGGCAUUUGAGAGCCACUAUUCAACGUAGAAUCACGGAGUAUAUCCUAAUGAUCCAUGAGAAACAGUUGACGACAUAAUGGGCUCAUGACUCUCAAAACAAGGAGCCCAUAGAGCUGAGGUCAUGAACGGUGAUAGCCCAGCUCCGUGAAAGUCCAUAAGCUGUUUUUCAAAAGUUGACUCCGUCAUCGGUCUUUUGGGCUCAACUUCCCCCGCACUAGUACGUCUGGCUGGCUGCGCCUAGCAUGUGCAGUGUAUAUCACAUCCCUUCCCCGACGGAAAAGAAGAAAACGUUGAAAG